AUGGUCUCAAACGGCGAGGACGGCGGUACCAACAACGACGAAGAGAUCAGACGUCUUCUUAAAAUGCAUCUCAAGAACGUCAAAGCCGCACUGGAGAACAACAAGGCCGCUCUCGAAGGCUGUAAUACCACUAUGAUCGAGGCUGGCGGCGGUCCUACUGCGACGAUCAAAACUGAAAACAGCGGUUCUACCGACGAAAAGGUGACUCCGGCACCUGGAAAAAAGCGAAAGGCCGAAGUCGAGGAAUGUAUGACUUGUAAGGGAAAGUCUUGUGGCAUGUGCAAGAGCAAGAGUCAUACCAUGGAGCACUGUCUGUUAAACGGCAGUAUCGCAGGCUGUGUCUUAUGCGACACAACAAGCCAUGACAUUGACGAAUGCACCAAGUUCACAGGUCUGAGCAUGGAUGAAAAGCUAAAUCUGCUUAUCAAUGAGCGUGCAGGUCUUCCUCCUUUGCGAACUUCGGAGCUCUGGCACCAGAUGCUGCUUGCCUGGCUGCAUGACAAGGAGUCCGAGGGCAAGGAGGCUCCUUCCAUGUAUCCAUGGACCCUCGAUCACGCAUCAAAUGUUUCUCGUGGCGUCGAUGGCAGACACAACUAUAAACUACAGUCGCGAUUUGACCGAAGUGGCCGUGACCGGUCUAUUUUGCCGAAGUGCAAGUGGUAUGAGGAUGCUGUCGCUGUGUGA